CCAAAGAAGAAGAAGAAGAAGAAGCAAAUACACUUUGGUUUUAGCCGUUUUUAGCUUACAAGAUAUACUUCGUUAACCUUUUUUUAUCACUGUUUGACAUGGCAGCAAGUUCAUCUUUAUUAUUUUCUUUCUGACUUUCUCUGACUGACGAGUUUUCAAGAAGAAUCUGCCGUCAAACUGGCGGCUUUAUAGUUCAAAAAAAUUACAACAAGCUGCUGUCUGCUAGCAAGCAAAGUAACUGUCGAGCCCCAACAAAGAGACUGCAGCCGCACACUGCUAGCAGUGGUGCUAAAAGUGUUGUUAAAUUUAACUGAAGAGAUUACAUUAAUCAGGCUGACAUGACAGGGGUGGCCUCUCCAGAGAAGGCUGCAAGCACCAAGAAGAAGAGCGAAAGGAAGUGUGCUACCAAAGAGGAGUACAGACAGCUGUCUAGCAUCAUGGGAGUCAUGAACAACCUCAGGAAACAGGGUACUCUCUGUGAUGUGACCCUUGUGGUUCAGGGGAAACACUUUCCUGCCCACAGAGUAGUGUUGGCUGCAGCAAGCCACUUCUUCAGCCUCAUGUUUACCACCAGAAUGAUGGAGUCAAUGUCCCACGAGGUGGAGCUAAGGAGUGCCGAGCCUGAGAUCAUUGAGCUGUUGAUUGAAUUUAUAUACACAGCUCGGAUCUCGGUGAACAGCAGUAAUGUCCAGUCUUUGCUGGAUGCAGCCAACCAGUACCAGAUUGAGCCUGUGAAGAAGAUGUGUGUGGAGUUCCUCAAAGGACAAAUUGAUGCAACAAACUGCCUUGGUAUUUCCUCCCUGGCAGACUGUAUGGACUGUCCUGAGCUGAAGGCAGCAGCAGAGGACUUCUUCGAGCUCCAUUUCACUGAAGUCUACAAACUGGACGAGUUCCUGCAACUGGACGUUAAACAGCUCACACACCUUCUGCACCAGGACAAACUCACUGUCCGUGCCGAGGCCCAGAUUUACGACGCAGCAGUGCGCUGGCUGAAGUACGAUGUGUGUAACAGACAGCGGUACAUGGUGGAGGUGUUGGGGUGCGUUCGCUUUCCUCUGGUCUCUAAAACCUUCCUCUCCAAGACGGUGCAGGCUGAGCCCCUCAUCCAGGACAACCCCCAGUGCCUCAAGAUGGUCAUCAGUGGGAUGCGCUACCACUUGCUGUCCCUGGAGGAUCGGGAGGAUCUGGGAGAGAGCAGCCGACCGCGACGCAAGAAGCACGACUAUCGUAUCGCUCUGUUUGGAGGCUCCCAGCCUCAGUCCUGCCGCUACUUUAACCCCAAGGACUCCACCUGGACAGACAUCCGCUGCCCCUUCGAGAAGCGCCGGGAUGCCACAGCCGUCUUCUGGGACAAUGUGGUCUACAUCCUGGGUGGCUCACAGCUCUUCCCCAUUAAGCGCAUGGACUGCUACAACGUCCUAAAGGACAGCUGGUACUCCAAGCUGGGUCCACCCACGCCCCGUGACAGCCUGGCUGCUUGUGCCGCCCAGGGCAAGAUCUACACAUCUGGGGGGUCGGAAGUAGGCAGCUCUGCCCUCGACCUUUUCGAAUGCUACGACACAAGAACAGAGUCUUGGCAGGUGAAAACCAGCAUGCUGUUGGCUCGCUGCAGCCACGGCUCAGUGGAGGCCAACGGGCUCAUAUACGUCUGUGGAGGCACGGUGGGCAACAAUGUGUCUGGCAGGGUCCUCAACAACUGUGAGGUCUACGACCCCAACACUCAACAAUGGAGGGAGUUGUGUGGGAUGAGAGAGGCUAGGAAGAACCAUGGGCUGGCGGUGGUCAACAACAGGAUCUAUGCUGUUGGAGGGCAGGGAGCACUGGGUGGACUGGACUCUGUGGAGUACUAUGACAUUAGCAGUAAUGAGUGGCGUGCUGCUUUGGCGAUGCCGUGGCGAGGUGUAACGUUGAAGUGUGCAGCAGUCGGUGAGGUCAUCUAUGUGCUGGCAGGGUUUCAAGGUGUGGGACGGCUCGGACACGUCCUGGAGUACCACACUGAUACUGACAGGUGGGUGACUUGCAGCAAGGUGCGAGCGUUUCCUGUCACCAGCUGUCUGAUCUGUGUGGUUGACACGUGUGGAGUCAACGAAGACGAAGACAUGGACCUCAUAGACUCUCAGUCACACGCUGCAGCCACUGCCUCUUCAUCUGCCGCUACCUCUUCAUCCUCAUAGGACAAGAGAAAGAUCCAGUGUAUAUUAAGUUAUGACACUGAAUGACAGUUGACCAUUUAAUUCACAUAAGGCAAGGCCUGGCGGCUUCUACUAAUGUCUAUAUUCACGUGUAUUUUUCUUUUGUUUUUUAACCAUGUGCAGUAGCCACAUUUCUAUUUUUAAUUUUUAACUGUGCCAAAAGUGUAGGUCCUAUAUUAAAGUGCUAGUGGGUUACUAUCCCACAAAUGUAUUGUUUACGGGGACCAGGAGACUGAAUGCGUGAAGGUUCUUAAGUUAGGUAAAUAAGACUGGUUUAGAAAAAAAAAAAAACUUUGUGUUUUUGUGUAGAUAUACUGCGUUAAUGAAUGGGUUCAUCUUGGUUGUGUUGUGUACAUAUUUAAGAGUGCUUUGGUAACGCUCUGUAAUUUAAAACUGUUUUUAUAGAAUGAGUUGAAUUAUUGACCAAAUGUGGUUACGAGUAAAAACUAGCCGAAUAUGAAGUUUGUAAAAGUGUCGAGUUUGAUUUAUAUUUUUUAUUAUAGAAUGAUGAGCACUAAAUUCAUGAGUGUGAAGGCAUCUGCAAAAAAAAUAAGAUUUUAUGAUUUGCUUAUUAAAAUGACAAUAGCUGCCAUACAACGUUGUGGUCAACAGAGAUGAUAAAUAAGUAAUCUCU